CGUCACUGCGAGGUUAUCUGUAUGGGAAGGCCUUCCCCCUCUCCUCUCCAACCCUCUAAUCUCCGCCCCUUUUCUGACAGUUAGACCCCGCGCGCCGGUCAACGUGAUCUAAGCGCCCAGUGUCCUUGAGACGGUUUAGUUUGCUGAGCAGAGCAGAGCGAGGGCAUGUUGGGUUCCAGCUCCGGGGCGCGAGGUGAGCGGUUAGCGCGGCCCCUGCUGGUGUCACGUGAUAAUGACAGGGCCCCAAUGUAUUAUGGCUUUAUUUAUUUAUUGACAUUGCUGAUUGGAAAUACCUAUGUGGGAGGAGGGGGGCUCAGAGACACUGGGUGAUACUUCCUGGGAUCAGAGCUCUUCUCAUGACACCUAUGACAUUGACAAUAUACCUAUUAUUGUAAAAAAUAAUAAUAAUAAUUUAUAUAUUGAAGUUUCUAAGGGGUGGUGGGUGGGGGUAGAUUAAUACAAUUUUUCUUUCUUUCUGAUGUUUACCAUAUUAUAUACUUUCUGACCGUACAUGGUUUUGUGUAUUUUAGUCCUUUUUUGGUUUGCGGAGAAAUAAUUUUAUUUUAUUUUUAUCUAUUUGCUUUCGAAGUAAAGCCAUACUAUACCAUUAUCAUUUAUUAGUGCACACUUGCUUAUGCUAAAAUUAUUGCUAAUUAGCCGAUCCUGGCUAAUGAUUCUCAUCGAGAAGCAUUGGAUUCUACGCUUCUGUAUGAGAAAACGACCUGUGCUGGAAGAGAGCGGUGAUUUGCUGUGCAUGCAAGUGAGCUGUAGUGGUUAUGGUGCCUGGAGAGUCUCGACUCCUUACCGGACAUUCGCUAUGCCCCACACCCUGCCUCUACUGCUUUACACAAGCGAGCCGGAAGUUCCCAGACAAUGAGCUGCGUUCUAGAAUGGUGUGACCACUUAUAGUGGGGGCACAUUAGUUAGGAUUGGCACCAUAACCACUGCAGUGUGCUUUAAUGGUUAUGAUAAUUGGAGUGCUCUAAGUUAAAAAAUAUGCUUACCUUUUCUGGAAUCAAUUUGGACUCAAGCAUUAUAUUAACAUUAGCAUCCACAACUGUAUGCACCCUGUAAUACAGUAUAUAAACUCACGCUGAUAAACAUGAAUGUUUCAAUAAGAUGGUUCUGUAUUGUAUAUUCUGCUCACAUUAACAUUAGUACAGUGAAACACAUUGUCUCUUGCAUUACAAGUGAGAUUACAUUCCUACAGCUACGCCCUUUCAUUGUCACUAUAACUUUUCAUUAUUUUUUUUUUUUGUUAAAUCGCGUAUUGACGAUUGGGUGUGGCUGUUCAAACCUGUUGGUAUGCUUGUACUAUGCGUAUUUCAUAAAGCUAUGGCGGAAAAAAAAUACGUUGGCUAUUCACCAAGAAUCAUCCACUCACAAUGAUUACUUUCAUCAAGCCGUUAAUUUCAGAACUUAUUUUUACCAUCUUUUUCUGAUUUUAAACCACAAUUACGGUUUUUGGUGUCCAUUGUAGCUUACAAUGUUUGUGAUAUAUUACAGACUGUAAAAAGGGUCAUAUUUAUCAAAGGAACACAAGACUCAAAAAAUUCAAAUUGAAAAUAAACUGGAUUUUUUUUUAAAUAUAUUUUUAUUUAAAAACUGGUACUUUCUAAAGUAUCAAAUUAUAUAUUGCACAGAUAUUUAAUUUUCCUAGCAAUAUCGUGACCUAUAAUGUCUCCCACCCCUUACUUUGCAGGACUUGCGUCCAUCAUUUCCACACUCUGCAUGGAGACUAUAAAUGCUCCCAAUAGAGAUGCAUUGAUUCAGUGCACCUCUAGGAGGAGAUGCUGAUUGGCGCAGCUCAAAUUUUGCUGCGAAUAUUCAAUAGCCUCCUCUUAAAACUUUCCAAUGGAGAUUGAUUGAUUGAUAUCAGCCAUGUAGGCUAUGCCAGCUGCUGUGAGACCAGCGCAGUGAUGGAGAAAGGCUAAGUGAAAGAGGGUCUGGACUCCUGAAUAGGUAGUCCAGCGCUCUUGUGUUAGGAAUACAUGUUUGUAUCACUAGUACUAUAGUUCUUUAAAUAUUUACACAGACCUGGUCAUUUGGUUUACAACACUGAAUGGGAACUUAAGAAUACCAUUUGUCACAAAUAUUCACGAUUUACUAUUGUUACCACUCCAUCUUAUCCAGUUAAAACCCUGAAGUCCAUUAAAUCACGCAGUAAGCUUGACAACUGUUUGCACCUUGGCUGCACUGAUUUCACUUCCACGAUGGAAGUAGCAACAUAGUUAAAGCGUGAAGAUGGCAUUUUUCGCAAGUGAUCUAUAUAGCAACUUUACUUACUGGAAUCUAAUGCGCACCUCAAUUUUUGAAACCUGUAAGUUGAAAAAUGUUUUUGCUGGCGAAUGUAAUGUGCAUUAUACAAGAAGAUACUACUAUACAACAUUGUGCUACAAUGAAAAUGUUUGCCAUAUACCAUAGUAACACUGAUGGUGUUUUCAUUUUAGUGUUACAUGUUAAACCUAUUCUUUCUUAAGCUCUCUUUCAGGAAUGAAAUUUGCCAGAAAACUAAAAUUUUGCCUCUAAUGUAAUGUAAUGAAUCUAAUGCACAUUCAAAUUUUGGAAACUUUCUUUUCCAAAAAAGGUGCGCAUUGGAUUUGAGUAAAUACGGUAAUUGAAUUUCCGACCAUGUUUUAUUAAAGAGCAUUCAAACCACUACAUCUCAUUGAAGUGGUCUGUGUGCAGUGUCACUGUCUCCUUCGCCCUCCAGCUGCAGAGAAACUGCAAAGUAUACAUUGCAGGAUUCAGACAGCCUUUCUUGGCCUUUCAGAGAGUUUGACUUUGCAUGAGGAUGUCCAGCGUCUUCUAAAACCCAAUAGGAAAGUAUUGAAUUAAUGCUUUCCUAUGGUGAAGGCCUAAUGCGGGCGAUUGCGGUGCAUGAGCAUUAGGUGACCCCAUUGGCGGAGGAGGAGCCCGAGCCAGCACUGAGGGACUUUGGUGCUGGAAUCAGGUAUUUAACCCCUUGACGCCGGAGGGCGUACUAUUACGUCCUAUUUUAAGCGUCUCUAAACGCCGCCGGGCGUUAUAGUACGCCCUCCGGUUUUUUUGUACUUACCCCGUGGGAUCGCCGGCACAUCCGACGUCCUGAAGCCCCCCCCGGCCAUGUGAGAGUGAGGUCCUUGCGAGGACCUCACAAUCACAUGGCCGGGAUAGCUGGCUUCUGUAUUGCCAGCAGGGGGGGCUGCCUGUAAUGACAGGUGGUCCCUCUGCUGACUUGAAAUAAAAUAAAUUUAAAGUGUAAAAAAAAUAAUAAUAAUAAUUAUAUACUUAGUGUGUGUGUGUGUGUGUGUGUGUAUAUAUAUAUAUAUAUAUAUAUAUAUAUAUAUAUAUAUAUUUAUGUAUAAUAUAAAAAAUAUGUAAAUACAUUAAAAAAUAAAAUUAAAAAAAUAAUUAAAAAUAAAUAAAUAUAUAGAUGUUGUUUCGUUCUAACUGUAUUGUGAUAUUAAUAUAUAUUUAUAUCAAAAUACACGUAGAACAAAAUAAUAUAUAUAAUGUAAUAUUUUUACAUAAUUAGGUAUCUUAAUUACAAUUAGCGGGACCUGCCUGACAACCCAUGCCGAAAGUAAAGGGAAAUUAAUUUGCUAGCACUAUAUUUAACCCUGUAACUUUCCAAGACACCAUAAAACCUGUACAUGGGGGGUACUGUUCAAAUAUUAGUGUUUCAAAACCGUAAAAUGUAUUACAACGAUGAUUUCGCCAGUAAAAGUGACGUUUUUUUGUACUUUUCACGCACAAUCAACACUUUAACGGACGAUAUUAUUGUUGCAAUACUUUUUACUGUUUUGAAACACAAAUAUUUGUGUUCAGCGAAGUCUCCCGAGUACAACAGUACCCCUCAUGUACAGGUUUUAUGGUGUUUUCAAAAGUUACAGCAUCAAAUAUAAGGCUUGUUUUCAUUUUUUUCACAUUAAAAUUUGCCAGAUUGGUUAGGUUGCCUUUGAGACCCUAUGGUAGCCCAAGAAUGGAAAUUACCCCUAUGAUGGCAUACCAUUUGCAAAAGAAGACAACCCAAGGUAUUGCAAACGGGGUAUGUCCAGUCUUUUUUAGUAGCCACUUAGUCACAAACACUGGCCAAAAUUGGCGUUUUUUGCAUUUUUCACACACAAACAAAUACUAACGCUAACUUUGGCCAGUGUUUGUGACCAAAUGGCUACUAAAAAAGACUGGACAUACCCCAUUUGCAAUACCUUGGGUUGUCUACUAUUGCAAAUGGUAUGUCAUUAUGGGUGUAAAUUUCAUUCCUGGGCUACUAUACAGUCUCAAAGGCAACGUAACCAAUCUGGUGUAACGUGUUAUAUUUGACCCUGUAACUUCCCAAAACACCAUAAAAUCUGUACAUAGGGGGUACUGUGUUACACGUGAGACUUUGCUGAAUACAAAUGUGUAUUUUAUUGCAGUAAAAGCAAACAGUAUUAUGGCAUUGACAGUUAAAAUGUCACGUAGAACUAAAAAAAAAUUUUUAAAAAUCUUUUCUCCCAUUUCUUUUCAUAUUAAAUUAUGUUUCAUAGCUAAAUAUUUGAUAUUAAAUGAAAGCCCUGUUUCCCCUGAAUAAAAUGAUAUAUAAUAAGGGUGGGUGUAUUUACUAUGAAAGAGGUGUAUUACGGUUGGACAGACAUGUAGCGCAAAUACCAGGUUUUGUUUACAUUUUGUUUUGUUCACAACGUGUACAUUUGUCUCCGUCCUUAAGGGGUUAAAGGGGUCUCUAACCCUUUGCUUGCAAACAAGGGGGAAAGAUAUAUUCCUAACAUUAAAGUUUUCCUUCAACUUGUGCAAUGGCUUCUUCCCUCCAUGCGUCCCUCACACUGCAGUUGUCUGUAGAAAGCUAAAUUAAAUAUUCCAUAAAUUCUGGUUCUGUACUGGUUAAUGAGGUAUACACGAAAUUACUGAAAAUUCAGAUAAGUCUCUGCCUCUUCCUGACCUAUCAAAACCUUACUUUGGAACCUUUAUUUGCAUAAAUGAUGGACACUUUUUUAAAACUGUGUAUCUCUCAUCUUUAUUGCAUUAGUUGGUUUUGUAAAUAUUGGUUAUGGAACACAGAUAUAUUAUUUUUGAAAAAAUUAUGUAAAUCUUAUCCAAUUUUUCUGUCCCGUUGCUUACAUCAAUACCACAAUGCUCCAUACUUACACCUUUAUCAGAAUAAAAGUCAGUACCUAGCAUUUAAAACAAUGUAUCUUCUAAACCAAAAUUAAUUGUCAUUUUGUUUCUGGUAUAGAUUGCAGAUUGUGAAAUCUGUUUCCUAGUUUUACAUAUUUUAUACCCUUUGUCUUCCUCCAAAGGACCAUUUAGAUUCUCCAUACUGUAUUACCUCGUGGAAACAUGUGCCUUAGAUACAUCAUAAAUACUUCUGAUACAAAGAGGGAAUGUUUUAUGCUAAUUGAGCUGUCACAUUAACUAAUUUAGAAAUGUUAGUUCUACUUUUUAUUUUAUAUAAAUUUUUUCUGUAGUCCAACAGCCUUUAUUAUUAUAAAUAUUAUUAUUUAAAUAGCGCCAACAGAUUCCACAGCACUCUAUAAUAUUAUAAGAGGGGGGUUUUAACUAGAAUAGGACAAUUACAAGAAACUUAUAGGAACGUUGGGUUGAAGAGGACAAUGCUCAAAUGAGCUUACAGUUUAUACUGAAGUAUGGAUUAUUGUAGCCGGUGCCAUAUCAACUAUGUUUUAGGGUCUGACAAGGUUGAUUUGAUUUAAAUUAUGAUUUUUAAACAAAGACUCAUUAUUGCCGGUUGUUCCUUUUUUUUUAAUUUAUUUAUUAUUAUUUUUUUUGCAACCAGAUGAAGAUUUCAUAUUUAGAAUAACUUUUUUCAGAUUAGUCUAACUAUAAGUAUCAAUUUUUUUUAUUUAUUUUAUUUUUUUUUAUAUACUAUAAGAAAUAUAUAGACAAUGAUGAAAUCAUUGCAAGGUGCGCUAUCUUUAGUUUUAUAGGUUAAUCAUUCAUAUUUGAAUAACUGAAAUAUUUUUGCAUAACAUGCGUUAACGUUUGGAUGGGAUUUAAAGCGGCACUGUCAUGCCGAACUUACCCAGUCGCUUCCUGUUCUGUCCCUCUCUCAGGAUCUGUUCAUUUCUUCCCAUCUGCUCUAGUUUUCUUUAAAACAUAGGAAAAAAAACAUAGGACCUGUGGGUCAAAGUAAUUUUCCCACAAUUCGCGGCUUCAUUCGGCGUUUGAACACUGGCAGAACUACCGAAUUUUGUCCUUACAGAAUGAGAACAGUUUGUUCAAUCGUGUUCGGAUCGGAAUUUCUUUUAAAAUGAAUGAAACUCCAAUCCUAUUCGUGCCGCGAGUAGAUAGCUCCCCAAUUUAAGCUAUCUACUAAAAGGCUGAAAGACCUAAAUUGGUCUUUCAGCCAAACUUACCAAUACUAAGUAAAGAUUACUUAGUAUUGGUAAUUAAUCUGCCCCUACUCGCUAUACCGUGAGUAGGGGCAUAUCUACUAAACAGUGAGCAGCAAGUGGCUGCUCAUGGUUGUAAAAACACCCCCAAUACUUUAUUAAAGUGCAACUUAGUGGGACACCUAUCAAAAUAAUUAACGGGGGGGGACAAAGUGUCCCCCCUGAGCCCCCACUAAACUAAACGGGGGACCUAGUGUCCUCCCUUGGCCCCUACCCAUGUGCGGCGGUUGGGGACCCUAAAAUAAAAUGGGGACGGGGCCUAUUGUCCACUCUUCCAGCCCCCACCCAUGCGCGGCAGUUAGGGACCCUAAAAUACAAUAGGGGGGCCUAUUGUCCACCCCCAUCGGCCCCAACUCAUGCGUGGCGGAUGGGGACCCUAAAAUACAAUGGGGGAUGUAUUGUCCACUCCCUGACCCCCACCUAUGGGUGGGGAGUGAGAGCCCGAGUGACAAUGGGGGGGGACCUAUUGUCCCCCUACCCAUGGGUGACAGGUGAGGGGUAAAUGAAAAAAUUCCCCCCCCCCACCUCCAAGGUGACUAGGAGUACUCAAGUCCCCCCUUCUAACAAAAGCCUACCUACCCCUCACCCUAAAAAUAUUGAGGGGGUACCAAUAAAACUAAAUACCUGGGGAGGAGGGGGAAAUAAUCAUAUUUACCAUUAGAAAAGGAAGAGAAAAAAAAUCCAGACUUACAAAUCCAUCUUCACUCAAUUACCUGCACCCUUAUUGCUUGGCUUAAAGCAAUUGGAGUGCUCAGUCAAAUUGCAGGGCAUGAGAAGGUUUUAGAUGCCUUUUCUCAGUCUGCGUGGUGCCCUCGCUGGAUGAAGAUGGAUUAAUUUGUAAGCGUCAGGAUUUAAAAAAAAUAAAUAAAAAUUUCUGUGUGUGUGUGUAUGUGUGUGUAUAUAUAUUAUAAUAUUUUGCGCUCAGAUUUUUUUUUUAUAUAUUCGGGGAAUUAUGGAUUUUUACUUGGCCUCUUUUGGUUUAUGAAAAAAUAAGAAAUUAAUGGGUAAGUAUUUUUUAUUUUUUUUAUUUCAGAUUUUUUUGUGUUUUUUUAUUGUUAUACCUGGAAUGUAGGACACUGCUCUCUCACUUCCCUCUCACGUUAACUGGUGGCUCCACUCCUGUGAUGACUCACAGGUCAGAGAGCAUGCCAGCCAUCUUAAGUCAGUGAGUGUGAUGCCGUGCUGCACAGAGGAUGUGUUACUCCUGUGUUUCUUUCAGUUAUAAUAAGACUGAUUAUACACCAAAUGUUCAGCAAUAAAGCAAGGUUGUAUGAAACUACUGGUCUCAUAUAUGAAGCAGUCAGGACCAUAACAUAUUGGUUACCCCCCUCACUAUUAUGGUGAGGGGAUGACUAGGGAACCCCUAGUCACCUUCGGGCGAGGGGUGAUUUUUACAUUUAGCCCUUACCAAUCACCUAUGGGUGGGGGGGACCCGAUUGUAUUUUAUGGUCCCCACCCGCCGUGCAUGGGUGGGAGCCAGGGAGUGGGCAAUAGGGUCCCCAUCCGCCAUGCAUGGGUGGGGGCUGAAGGAGGACACUAGGUCCCCUGUUUAGUAUAGUGGCCCCCACCCUUGGUGCACGAGUUGGGCUCGGGAGAGGGGGGCACUUUGGGGGCUGUGUCCAGCCUUAUUUUAUAUUAAUAACAUCAAAGAAAACAUGCUAGUUAGUAACUUAAAGAGAAAUGUUGAAUGUUGCUGAGGAGACAUAUUGGACAAUUGCACGCUUUCAAUCUUAAUAAUCUAUUUAGGUAUGCUGACAUGUCUUACUGACGACAUGGGGAGUGCUGUACAAGAGUAGCGCAGCAAGUCAGACUGGAUGCAUGCAAGGUUAAGUUAUAGCUUGAACAAAGCUAGCUAGUAAAAGUAUACCUCUGGAAAGGAUAACACAUGUAAAUCACUGCACUACACAACAUAGUAAUACAUUUGGGGUGGGCUAAAUGAUCCUGGCACAGACAUGAUUGGAUCUAGUAAUGGUAGGCCCCUGAGAUGGCAUGCCGCAGGCGACCCCAGCAAGUCCUGGUUUAGCCAAUUCUCAGGCAUGGUAAAGCUUUCAUUUGCAGUGGAUCAGUGUUCAGAGGUGGCGGCAUGUUGGGAGCGAGGUGAGUCCACCCUCCAGCCCCAGGCCAGUAUUGAAGGCCGACAUCCUUGAGCCACGGACCCAGUACAUCUGAAGGGCUAAGUCCCUCCCAAACCAGGAGUAGCGUGGGGUUCCGGUGUUUCUCCGCCCCCCCCGCGGCGGUAGACCCUCCUUCGAUGUGGGCGAUGUCUCGGGGUCAAGCCCUUGUUGGCCCUAGGCAGGCCAUUAGCAGGCUUUUGUGGGACAGAGUGGGAAAGUUUUAGAUUGUACUUCCGGGCAACCAUGAGUGUGGUAGUGCCCGUCAGUAGGUGGAUUUUCUGGUUAGCCGGGUUUAAAACCCUGAAAAUCUGCUAUUAUUAGCGUCACUUUAGUAGUGUGUUUUUUUUUUGUUUGUUUUUUUUUUACAACCACUGUUUAGUACAUAUGCCCCUACUCGCGGUAUAGUGAGUAGGGGCAGAUUAAUUACUAAUACUAAGUAAUCUUUACUUAUUAUUGGUAAAUAAUAAACUAAUUUAGGUCUAUCAGCCUUUUAGUAGAUAGCUCCCCAAUUCCCACGGUAUUAGGGAGCUAUCUACUCGCGGCACGAAUAGGAUCCGAGUUUAAUUCAUUCUAAUGAAAUUCCUAUCCGAACAAAAACUCCCGAGUUGCAUCCUAACACGAAUGGACAAACUGUUCUCAUUCUGUAAUGAUGAAAUUCAGUAGUUUUGCCGGUGUUUGAACGCCGAAUGAAGCAGCAGGAGGAAGGUGAGGAUUGUGGGGAAAAUUGCUUUGACCCACAGGAAAUGGAGCGGACUUUGCUCCUUCCCUAGGUCAAAGCGGGGCAAGCGUAGGAAAAAUACAUAAGACAAAAUAGUCCCUACUUUUUCGUGUUUUAAGGAAAAUUAGAGCAGACAGGAAGAAAUGAACAGAUAAUGAGAGAGGGAGAGAAGAAGAAGUGAUUGGGGAAAGGCAAGUUCGGCAUGACAAUGCCGCUUUACAUAAAUGUGUGGUGUGUUUUUUUUUUUUGUUUUUUUUUGUUUUUUUUUAUUAUAUAUUUUGUUAAACUGCAAUGGUAUGCUCUUCUACCUUUUAAAAGUGCCAAGCCAUUUUUGGUUCUUGUCGUUUUGAAAGUUUAUUUCAUCCUUUUGUAUUCCCAGAGCAUUCUACUACAGGCACUAGCCUGUAAAGUGGUCAAAUACUAACUUUGACAAAUCUGAUUUUUCUCUGUGUGUGCUUAAUCUAUGAAAAUCCAUUACAUCCUUUAACUCUUCAAUUUCUUUUACAGAGUGGGUUGCCACUGCCACAUUGACAGUUGGUGUUGCUGCUGCAGGAUAUUUGGUGUACAAAGCUAUUUUCUGCAAAGAUAAAUCCUGCAAGUCUAUGGUAAACAUUGACAUCCAGAAAGACAAUCCAAAGGUGGUCCAUGCUUUUGAUAUGGAAGAUUUGGGUGACAAAGCUGUCUACUGUCGUUGCUGGAGAUCGAAAAAGGUGAAAACUUGUAGUGCACUAAACAAUGGCUGUCGUUUUAAAAUGUGGAUUUUUUUUUACUUAAUGUAGGAAAUCAUAAUUUGAUAUUCCAUAUACUUUGCAUCUUUUUAAACUCCAUUUGAAUAUCUUUGACUAUUGUGAUUAUUUCUUUUAUUAUUUAUUUUUUUAAAUCCACCCAGCUUCCCUACAUUUGGGAGAGCUGGAUGGAUUUUUUUUACUUGGGAUCCAGUGGGGCUGCUGGCCGGGCUGUGCGGGCAGGAAGUCAUAUUCCGACUCCCAGCAUCACAAAUGCCUUGUUAUCCUUGCUGGCAAACAAGUCCUGCAGGACCACUAACUGGAACAGCGUUCCUACUGUGGAAAAAGUGUGUGAACGCCGUUCCCACGCGUUCCUGAAGGACUCGAGCCCUGCUGAUAUCUCAUAAAAUAAAUACUUUUUCUAAACUGUCAUAACAGGAUACUCCUCACCCUUAAAGCACUUCAGCAAGCUGAAACACUUUAUAGAUUUGUAGUAGUCCUUUAACAUAAGAAUUUUAAAGCCAAUUUAACAGAUGAGUUAAAGUAAUCCUCUCAUGAAAGGUUAGAGCUGUCAUAUCUUCAGUUCCAUGGAUGUUGAAUUAUUGUAACACCCACCACUGAUCUGCAUGCGCUCCACCUGCUCUCCAGUUUGAUUUUCCCUGCUUGGGUACACUUGAAAUUUACUCCGUAUGAAAGAGACCAACCAGCUGAUGGGAAAUGGUUUGUAGUGGUCAGCAGAAGUUGCUUGAAUGUGUUUGUGUGACUUUAACUUAAACUAAUUGUGGGCACUUUAAUGGUUUUAGAGCAUUUAAAUUUGAAAGCAGAUGGAAAGAUAGAUGAGGCUAAAAUGUUUGUGUUUAUGUUCUGUUUCUUGUAACUGCAAAAACAAAAAUUGAUUAUUCAUACAUUUAUUUUUAAUUUUUUUUUUUUUCUUUCCCUCUACAGUUUCCAUUUUGUGACGGUGCACACACAAAGCACAAUGAGGAAACUGGUGAUAAUGUGGGCCCUUUGAUCAUCAAGAAAAAGGAAUCGUAAUUGAGGAUUUGAAGGCCAGCAACUGUCAGAAUUAUUAGUGUUAGCUAUUCACAACAUUAAAAAUAAAACCAAAAUCGGUCUUAAAGUGAACUUGUCAGCUUUUUACAAACCAUUUUGUUUAUUCAGUACAGCCACAAAACUAUUUCUUGUGUGAAUCGUUUUUCUUAAUAGUAAAUUCAUGGUGUCCUAAAACUUCUAUCCUUGUCUGUGAGGCUAAUGUAAUUCACAUGGCCAUGUAUUGUAUUCAAAUUAGAUAUUUUACACUGGUCUAAACCAAUAUUGAUAAAAAUAGAUGUGCUGUAAAAUCAGUAUACUUUCUGUGCCUUCAACGCAUGCUAAUCUACACAGGUUAAGUAUAAUUGUCUUUUCCUUCCCUACUUUUGGAAUACCCACAAAUAUCUGGAGAAAAUCUGAUGGACACAUGUUAUAGUUUUGUGAUAUCGAAUGAAUCACUGAUGUGUGAAGAGUGACUAAACCCUUCUCUUUACCAAUGGAAGACCACCUCUUGUAUUUGUCAUAUGCCUUAAGUGUUUAAAAUCUUUCGGUGUUAGCAGUUCUGACAAUUGUUAUGUUUGAGGCCUCCUUUACAUAUUGAUUACAUAUCACGGUGUACAUUUGUAUCUUAAUAGGUUCAUAUCUGUGUUUUGAUUUUUAUUUCUCCUCUAUGAGCUACCUAUAAUGACAAUGGAAUGUAAAGUGGAUGCAUAGGCAUUAAAUUAUUUAUAAAAUCAUCAUACUUUGUUUUGUGUUCCUGGUUUCAUUGUGAACAUCUUCUUUGAAAAUAACAUUAUCUGGAAGCAUGGC